AUGACAAAAUCAAUCAGAAAUCGAGUCGAUCUAGAAGGAUGCGAAGGAACAUGCAGCAAACCCACAUCAGAAAAACCAAAUCUGGAUGGAGAUUGGUUUAAUUUUUACCUGUUAAUAAUACUGUACAUAAUACAAGGUAUCCCUGUAGGCUUGUCUGGUGCUCUUCCAAUCAUUUUACAAAGUAAAAAAAUGGUGACCUAUGAAGAUCAAGCCGCAUUUAGUAUUUCAUUGUGGCCUUAUAGUAUGAAACUUUUGUGGGCUCCAGUAGUAGAUGCACUCUAUUUUAAAUGCAUAGGUAGACGUAAAUGUUGGCUAAUACCGCUCCAAUUGUUAAUGGGUUUACUGGUACUUUACAUGGCCAGUAACAUCGACGGUUGGUUACCUGCGUCGGGAAAACCAAAUCUAAAAAUGUUGAUAAUCGUGGUUUUUGUGGUUAAUAUUUUAUCAGCUACUCAAGAUAUUGUCGUCGACGGUUGGGCACUGACUAUGCUGAAUAAGAAGAACGUGGGUUAUGCCUCAACGUGCAAUUCAGUAGGAGUACCGUUUGGAAUGUUCAUAGGUUCCGUUUGUUUCACACUGCUUGUGUCAGAUCAAUUCAAUAGCACUUAUUUUCGAUCUACACCUGGCACUGGAGGACUAGUUUCUAUGAAAAGUUUUUUAUAUUUUUAUGGCUCGAUGACAUUGGUGAUCACAUCUAUAGUGGCCAUAUUCAAAAAAGAAAAGGACAGCAGAUUAGAAGAUGGAUACGUAAAUAUCAACGUAUUUCAGAAUUAUAAAUUACUAUGGGAUAUUUUGAAACUACCACGGAUUAGAGUGUUGGCAUUAGCUUUACUGACAACCAGGAUUGGGUACACUGCAACAGAUAGUGUCUCAAAUUUGAAGCUUAUUGACGCUGGUGUAUCUAAAGAUGAUAUUAUGAUAAUUACUACAGCUCUUUAUAUUAUAAAAUGUAUAAUGCCUAUAUUUGUAUCUAAGUAUGUUACUGGCCCGAAACCGAUGACUUAUUUCCUCAAAAUAACACCCUUCAGAUUAAUUUGGUGUACUACUUAUGUUGUACUGAUUUAUUACACGCCGAGUUUGAUACGAAAAGAUGGCCUUGUCACUGUACCGACGUAUUAUUAUUUUAUAAUGGGAUUAGUACUAAUAACAAAUGAGGUACUGAAUUUUUUCAUGUUAUUAACUUUGUUUGCUUUCUUUUGCCGAUUGAGUGAUCCUCGUUUUGGAGGCACAUAUAUGACGUUAUUCAAUACAUUUUUCUAUUUGGGAUUUUUACUAUCCAAUACUUUGGUUUUGAAACUGGUCGCCUUUUUAACUUUUAGAAAGUGUUCGAAUAAUGACCAGAAUUGCUGUACAACUCCAGAUUUAACAAAUUUAUGCAAAACCAAUGGAGGAAGUUGUGUUGUAUCUGUUGACGGAUAUUAUAUAGUGGUUUUCAUAAGUUUGACCAUUGGGUUUAUUUGGUACGGUGUUUUUAGAAAUAUAAUCAAGAAGUAUCAAUCUUUGAACGCUUCUCAUUGGAUGAUAAAUAUCAAACGACCUGUAACAGUAAUCGAAUCAUGCCUUCUAUCUAAGUGA